AUGCCUCUUUUACCAUACGUGGAGCUAUACAUUCGUGAAGAUACGAGUAUUUUGCCGGCCAACCAAACACCACCAUGGCCUAAAGCUUUCUUUAUCAAAUUCUCCGUUAAUCGAUUUGUUAAUAUAUACCAUUCUGAAGGAUUAAUCCAAAACUAUGAUGGUGAAACAGCAAACUUUUGCCUUUGCUUUCAUCCGGUAGAAGUAGGGAGUCUGUAUAACACUUUCUAUCAUCCAAUGCAGGACUUUAUUUCACGAGAUGGCGCAGCAGAGUUCUUUAAUGACAUGCUUGACACCUUCGAAGUUAAAGUAUCCGUGAAUCAAAGUAUUUUUGACAAUUUCUUCUCCAAAAUGUCAUCAAUGGCUUACAAUGCUCGAGCUUAUGAUCGUAAGAUAGUGCCGGUCAUUGUGGAGAUCAAGGUUGAUGUGUGGGAAGAAUUUCAUCCAGGAUCAUUCGAGUUCUGCAUACCAAAUUAUGUCGAUGAAAUCAUGAGGAAGGGGAGCGUAAACUGUGUUUGCCAUUCAUCUUUGCAGGUAUUGAAGAGACCCAAACCGGACAGCAGUUCAAAGGAACAGUGCCCCAUCUGUCUGGCAAUAAUGGAUGGCGAACAAGAGGCACUGCAGUUGCCAUGUUCGCACAUCUAUCAUUGCGAUUGCAUUCUUACGUGGUUGAGAAAUAAUUCAUCAUGUCCGUUGUGCCGAUAUCAUAUUGAAUGA